GGCGAUAACGCCAAAUCUUUUUUAGCAGAAGUAAUUCGCUGGAUGGGUUAUGGUGGUAAUCGUUUGCAUCUCUCUUCGACGAUAAAUUGAAAAUUACGACCAGUAACGACAAUUAGUGAUGUUAAGAGGAUAUUCUCCAGUGUAUCAAGCAUUUCUCGGCACUCUUUUCACAUGGGGACUGACAGCUGCUGGAGCCUCUUUAGUUUUCUUCUUUAAUUCCAAGCAACAAAGAAUUCUGGAUUGCAGCCUCGGUUUUGCUGCGGGGGUAAUGAUUGCUGCAUCUUACUGGUCUCUGUUGGAACCUGCCAUAGAAAUUGCGGAGAAGAGUGGAGAUUACGGAGCUCACGGUGAGUGGGCUUUCGUACCUGUGGCAGUAGGUUUUCUGUUCGGAGCGUUCUUUGUCUAUGCGGCCGAUGUCUGCCUGACUCAUCUAAAUGGACAUUCACCUUACAUUGCCUUAGCUCUUAAAGAAGACAUAAGUCAGCAGAAGGAGAAAACAAAAUGCUAUCAGAAUCAUGAACUAGAAUCAGUUGUAUAUAAACCUUUGACAGACUAUCAAAACAAAUCGUUACAUCACAGAAGCAUUACUACUAAAUUAAAUUCAACACCAGUCAUUAACGGAGUGGUACCUGAAGAGAAACAAGAAAAAUGCUGGCAGAGAAUCCUUUUAUUAAUUUUAGCUAUUACUGUACAUAACAUACCAGAAGGAUUAGCUGUCGGAGUGGGAUUCGGUGCUGUUAAUAAAACACAAUCUGCCACUUUUGAAAGUGCAAGAAACUUAGCGAUAGGAAUAGGAAUUCAGAACUUUCCCGAAGGAUUGGCCGUUAGUUUACCCCUAAGAGCGGUUGGUGUUUCUUCGUGGAAGAGUUUCUGGUUCGGCCAGCUCAGCGGAUUAGUAGAACCCGUAGCGGGAGUAAUCGGCGCUAUAGGUGUUACGCUGGUAGAACCGGCGUUACCGUACGCUCUAGCUUUUGCAGCGGGUGCCAUGAUAUAUGUAGUGAUAGACGACAUCAUACCGGAAGCGCAAAUAUCUGGCAAUACAAAGUUAGCGUCUUGGUCAUCCGUCUUGGGUUUCCUGAUAAUGAUGGCGUUGGACGUGGGUCUGGGUUAAAAACCCUUUUACCUACGACGGGUUAUUUCCCUCUUUGCUGUGUCCUCCCCCAAGGUCGACGGUUGUGAACCUGCCGCUGCCGGAAAUGAUAGUUGUAUUGUCGUUUUGUGCAUUGCCUCUGCGGAACGAGAGAGAGAGGACUUUGCUCUGUCAAAGUGUAAAUAUGUGGACCCGUAGACUGCGAAACAUGGGGGAAUUUUUUUGUUCUUUCCCCUCUUUUCUUAUAAAACAGGUGGACUCUAAGCAUUCCUCGACAGUUGGAUCUCCCCGUUCUCUUCAACACGUUUAUUGGGUGUGAUUAUUAUUUUUAUGUUUAGUAAUGAGAAAUUUUGAUACCAUAAUCUGUGUGUGUGUGUGUGUGUACUUAGUUGCGGUUUAAAGCAUUUUACAGAACGUAUAUACAUGUAUAUUAUUUUAAACGACCAGUCUGUGUUCGUGUUAAGUAUUUUUACACAUGAUUUUUUUGUGGUAAAGUAUUUAAAUAUUUAAAAAAUGACUCGAUUUAUUUAAAUAUAUUAAAAAAGCUUAAUUGUUUAUCUGUAUAAAGGAUUAAAGAAUCAUCAUUGGAUGACGAUGGAUUUUUUUCAUGAAAUUAAAUGUUUUUGUUAGAAUUUUUUUAGCUGAAAUAGCUAGUUUAGUCUGUAUUUUUACUGUAAAAAAUGCAUAUUUUAGCAAUGAAAUUGUUUUCAUUUAGUAAAUUUUGGUACCUUUUUUUA